AUACCCGAACGCAGCCAUGUUGUUUACAUGUGACAAAUACAAUUUGAUUAGGUGUAUGGAAGAAGUCGGAGCUCAAGGGUGUAGACGAGUUUCCCUCAAGUAAUUAAGUGUUGGAGAGGCGUUCAAGUGGAUUUUCCAGUCAUAUGCUCGUAUUUACAAGAUGCUAUGAACGCAGCAUCGUCUCGCGCAUGUGGAUUGAAACGUCCCUCAGACGAUAAAGCUGAUAGGUCGGGAUGGGAAUUUUGCGACCCCCCACUCAGCAAACUCUUCGUAAUGACAUUGCUUUGUAAACACAUUUACAAUCUGUUAUUUUCGUUGAUGCGGCGCGUGAAAUAUCUGUAGGAAGCUAAAUUAGAUGGGUGCGGUGUUCAAGUAAGAGCACGCAUCAACAGGACUAGUGAAAAGCUGUAAAACCGGAUGGAAUUUACUGUCAGUUCGUGAAUGUUUUAAUCGUGUGAAAGCCUGCCCAUUUCGUUGCUACCAGUCAAGCGAGAGAGACCAGCCAUCCAGCCGACAAUGUGGAAGACGAGGGUCCCUAAACAGCAAAUCCCGUUAGGUGGAAACAGCUAUGAAACCAACCCGUAACACCUGGGGACAAGAUGAGUAGUUGACUUGACGUUUUGCCUUACCCGAAACGAUAAAUAACAGUUAACUUUGACUCUCGCAACCCUCGAAAAGCGUAUUCGAAGAAUCAGAGAUAAUGGUGGCUCUCUCAUCGGUUUUAACGCCACUUGCUCGGCAGCUGCACAGACAUCUCAUCAAGCAAACUAAAGGCCAACGUUUGAUACCUGUGAGAAGAUGCAACCUCACCGCAUGUUCAAGCAAAUAUGUGCUUUCUGCCUUGCAUCCAAUGUGGCAGGGACCACUCGUUGCUCCAGGGGGUAACAGACAAUCUCCUAUCGAUAUUCGGGUGCGUAAGAGCGUUUUUGAUCCGCACCUUAAGCCGCUGACCCCGGAUUACGACCCCGAGACGUGCUCACAGAUAUGGAACAACGGGUACUCAUUCCUGGUUGAGUACGACGACACCACUGACAAAUCCAUACUUAAAGGGGGUCCUCUGGAAGAUAACUUCCGGCUGUGUCAGUUCCACUUCCAUUGGGGGGAGAGUAACGCGUGGGGUUCCGAGCAUACCGUGGACCGCCGCCUCUUCCCUGCUGAGCUCCACAUGGUCCACUGGAACUCUAAUAAGUACAGGCGGUUUGAGGAAGCUGUGAUGGAGGAGAAUGGACUGGCUGUCAUCGGAGUCUUCCUCAAGAUAGGGAAGAGACACGAGGGACUGCAGAAACUAGUGGAUGCCCUACCUGCUGUCAGACACAAGGACAGUGUUGUUGAGUUCACUAGGUUUGACCCAGCCUGCCUACUGCCUGCUAACAUUGACGAUUACUGGACGUAUGCAGGGUCACUUACCACUCCUCCUCUGACUGAGGCAGUGACCUGGAUUAUAAUGAAGCAGCACAUCGAAGUCAGCCAUGACCAGCUGGCAGUGUUCCGGAGCCUUCUCUUCACCUCGGCAGAGGAGGAGGUGCAGAAGAGCAUGGUCAACAACUUCCGCGUGCAGCAGCCCCUGAGGGGCCGCACUGUGCGGUCCUCGUUCACCCCCUUCCUGCAGCAGGAGCCACCUGCAAAAGGUCCACAGACAGGCCACUGACCGGUACACACUAACUCACUCGGACCCUUCAAACCAAAAUUAUGCAAUUACCCUAGGAAGCCUUUUUUUUUACUCUACAGAAGUCAUACUGCUGGCAUCUUCUUUCCUUAUGCAUUCAGAAAGCACUCAAUGAUUUUGCUUAAAUGACAGGGAUUUUAUCAUUCCAAUGUCACCAUCUAAAGCUGUGGUAUUCAAAGUCAGGGACGUGACCUCUAGUUAGUUAGGUUGUGUGGGAACUGCUGUGGUCCCCCAAUAUUAAAAGUAAGCAAAUUGAGAGUACAGAUAAUUUUAUUUGACAUUAUACAAAUGUUUUUGAGAAAGAAUUUGAAAAAUACUAUUUUGAGUAAAUGUAUUUGAAUGGUUUCGUUUAAUUUUAAUAAGAGAAACUUAAAUUCAUUACAUUUUUAUUUGUUGAUGUAACAAUCUAAAUGUUUCCGUUUUAAGGUUAUGUCAUUACCCCUUGGGUGGGGGGGUCUCGAGAAAGGAUUACGAAAGAAAGGGUUGGUCCCCCCCUGAAAAAGUUAGAAUACCAAUGAUCUAUAGGCUUUUUAAAAUUAUUUUUUAAAUCUGUCUCACUGUCUGCUGUCCUGUCAAUAAUUGAAAGUCAUCAACACAUGGCAGGUAUAUUGCUGUAGUCGACGCUAACAUAUUUUUGAAAAUCAUGUGUCUUAGGUGAAUCUGGUUGGAGAUUUUUACGAAUCCUCUUAAUGUUUAUAAGUUGUAAACCUUAUUUAUUCACUCCUUAUUAACAGUCAAACUUGACAUGCUUCCAGAAACAAGUGAUUGAUGCUGCUGGAAUAAUUUGAAGUACUAUCAACACUUAUUAUGUAAACUAAAGAUUAUGAAUAUCACCCUCUUGUGGAAAGAGUACUUCUACAGUCAUUUUUUCUUCCUUGACAAAGUAUUUGAGGUGAAGGGGCAUCAUAUAUGAUUGUGGGUUUAGUUUGAAGGUUUUAGCUCUAAAUUUGUUUACAGCAUAUAAGCGAAGAGAUUUAGUUCAUUGUAUUUAGGCCUAGCUAAGGCUCUAAACUGCACACAUGAUUUGUUGUUAAUAUGUUUUUAGGUGAUUUGAUGGAUUUUAAUACAUAGUCUUGAGUAGACUAGAAUGCACAUCUCAGUAUCUUUAACUUAGAUGUAAUAUGUGUAGGAUGUACAGCUUCAUUAUGCCUUAUAAGCACAGGGAAACCAGGGCAUUUGUUACAACUAAUAUGUUGAGUUCUAUAACAAACAUUGACCUUUUUUAACACGAGUGUCUAAGAUUAUUUUCCUCUUGUAAUCUAAUUAUUCUGUUGUACUAAAAAGGACUCUACCAUAGUGCCUUCCAUGUUAUGCAUAAUACUCACACACACGGUCACCUUUGUUUUCAUAGAUCAAUAGCUCACUGCAGUGUCUGUUCUGUUGGAGCCUGCUGGUUGAAUUAAUAUUGACAAUAUUAUGCCCCUCGCAGGUUUUUAACAGGCAGUCGGUAGAUUGUUUGCCAAUUUCUGAUCCAGGAGCUGUGGGAGAGUUUAGAGGGUGUCACAUGUACAUCAUUAGCAUGUUGGUUCUGUAUUUAUUUAUUGGUGGAGGUCAGAAGGAUUUGACUUGCCUUUUAGAAGCACUAGCAGCACACCGACAGGAAUCAUUCUCCUGAUAGUUGUAUGUCAUUUCUUGAGACUGUUUAACUUCGACUGCUCUCUGAAAACUGCUGUUUGUUCAGACCUUGUUAUUGCAAUAAUUUGGAGAUGAUUUUAAGGUUUACAGCGGAACCAUCCAUAAAUGCAAACUAUCUAGGUAGCUAGACAGGGAUUACAGUGGGACCAACUACAUGUAUCAACUUGAAAACAUGCUGUUAUGCUUUAAUAGCAUUCCAAAAGGUUGUUUACGGUCAAAUAAGCAUUGCUAUUCCCUGUGUUGACACACAACCUUGAUAAGUGAUAUAGCACAUUUUUAUAGCAAUUGUAAUACAUACUUUUGGUCAUAUAGUGUAUGUGGACACCUGCUUGUCGAACAUCUCAUUCCAAACUCAUGGGUAUUGAUAUGGAGUUAGUCCCCCCUUUGCUGCUAUAACAGCCUCCACUCUUCUGGAAAGGCUUUCCACUAGAUGUUGGGGCAUUGCUGUGGGGAAUUGAGCAACAAGAGAAUUAGUUAGGCCUGGCUCGCAGUCGGUGUUCCAAUUCAUCCCAAAGGAUGUUCGAUGGGGUUGAGGUCAGGGCUCUGUGCAGGCCAGUCAAGUUCUUACACACUGAAACAGGAAAGGGCCUUCCCCAAACUUUUGCCACAAAGUUUGAACCACAGAAUCGUCUAGAAUGUCAUUGUAUACUGUAGCGUUAAGUUUUCCCAUCACUAGAACUAAGAGGCCUAGCCCGAACCAUGAAAAACAGCCCCAGACCAUUAUUCCUCCUCCACCAAACUUUACAGUUGGCACUAUGCAGUCAGGCAGGUAGCGUUCUCCUGGCGUCCACCAAACCCAGAUUCGUCCGUAGGCCUGCCAGAUGGUGAAGCUUGAUUCAUCACUCCAGAGAAGGCGUUUGCACUGCUCCGGAGUCCAAUGGCGGCGAGCUGUAGAACACUCCAGCCCGACGCUUGGCAUGGCUCUUGUGUGUCUACCACUUCGACUUAGCCGUUAUUGCUCCUAGACGUUUCCACUUCACAAUAACAUCACUUACAUUUGACCGGGACAGCUCUAGCAGGGCAGACAUUUGAUGAACUGAGUUGUUGGGGGCUCCCAAGUGGCGCAGCGUAAGGCACAGUUUCUCAGUGCUAGAGGCGUCACUACAGACCCUAGUUCGAUUCCAGGUUCAAUCACAACCGUCGUGAUUUGGAGUCCCAUAGGGUGGCGCACAAUUUGGGAAGGACUUGCCUAGUUAAAUAAAUGUUGGAAAGGUGGCAUCCAAUGUCGAUGCCCUUUUGAAAAUGACUGAGCUCUUCAGUAAGGCCAUUCUACUGACAAUGUUUGUCUAUGGAGUUUGCAUGGCUGUGUGCUCGAUUUUCUUUCAUACACCUGCCAGCAACAGGUGUGGCUGUAAUAGCCAAAUUCACUCAUUUGAAGGGGUACCCACAUACUUACACACACGUAUCGUGCUGCCUAUUUUCAAUUGGCCUACUUCUCGUUGCAGUUUGAUGGGUGUGCCUUGCAGUGCUUCACUGUUUUCUUCAAAGAUCUUAAAUAAGACGUCUUGGUUAGAGGGUGACUGGGAAAAAUAGAGGGGGGUCUCAUGUACUGUGAGCUCAAAGUAUUGGGGCAGUGACACGUUGUUGUUUUGGCUCUGUACUUCAGUUACAGAUGCACAAAUCAUACCCUGUUAUUGUAAUGGUGAGUUUAGCAUGUCUUGGGUAUGAUAUUUGUGGGUCUAACUUUCUCUCUCAUUAUUCACGAUUCAUUCAGUAUUAUACAUACGUAGCAUCCACAUGAAUGUAGAAGUGUUUAGAAACAUAUUCUAUUUUUAUUUACAAUAAGUGACUCCAAAAUGAUAUGAAGAAUUACCAUUUAUUUCUAAUGGGCACAAAAUCUGAAACAACCAAAAAAACAGCAAAUGCAUCCAACAAAUGUGUAGUCACGAGCUUGAUGUAUUCAUUGCGUGCUAUGACUAUGGGACUAAUUUAGUACACAUAUGUGAAUUUGUCCCAAUACUUUGUCGCCUGAAAUUGGGGGGGUAUACAAAGUGCUGUCAUUUCUAAACCGUUCACCAGAUAUGGAUGACAAUACUAUCAAAUUAAAGGUAACCUCAUAGUCAUUGUAUCAUUUCAAAUCCAAAGUGCUGGAGUACAGAGACAAAAACAACAACAUUGUCACUGUCCCAAUACUUUUGGAGCUCACUGUGUGCAAUGUUCAGAGAAAGUGAAGAGCUUUGACGUGGGUGCUAAAAAAGACUGGAGGAGAAAAUGAUUGAUUGGUUUGUUCUAUGAACAGGGAAUGAAAGGGAGAGCAGACACAGAGGGAGCUUUGGUAUUGUUCUAUAAAGCAUUAAGUGAGAGGACGGUUGUCUUUUGAAUAUAUAUAUAUAUAUAUAUAUAUAUUUCAAUAACAAUGUCCCUGUACAAACUGUUCUCUGUACGGCCUGGCCCUCUCCCCAAUAGGUCAAUUGCAGAGGAGUAGCUUGACAAUAACAUGUUCUGAAAACUGAAAAGCACUGUCCAAGACUCCAUACCUACUUGACACUUAUGCCUGUUUCACUGCGUUACCUAUGAAAUUGAAGGUGACCCCUUUUCACACCACUGGUUAGGGGAACAAUGUUGGGGUACAGGGAGGAUUUGAAUGGGGUUACGAAACAGUUGUGCAUUUUAGAUGUUGGUUUGAUGUGGGCAUUUUUAUGGGUAAGCAAUGGUAGGACAGAGAUUCACUUUUUUGCUGUAACUGUGGUAAGGGACCUAUUUUCUGCCUCCUAUUUGUCCUGAUCUGUUAUGUUCUGCCUUUUUAAUCUCCAGUGGGAUGUUUCCUUUCACUUAACUGUAUUUUUGUUUUCAGAUUAUAAAUACUAAAUGGUAACUGGAAUGUGAUUUAACUGUAUUGGCUGUACUUUAAUCAAGACUAAUGAUCAUGAUUUAAUCUGUCAUCAAUGGUGAACUGCUGUAUUUUCAUGUAUAUGCCACCAGUGACUGUUUUAAACGUGUCAAACUUAGUAUGCACAAUGAUCUAGAUCGAUGCACAUGUUUUACAUAAAUGGGACUUAUGCGGAACUUCCACUUAACUUGCCCUACACCAUUGUGUUGCCAGUGUUUUUAUGUUGAUGUAAGCUCUAGUAUCGUUGUUUCCACCAGGAGUGUGACACUAAAGACUUGGGGUGAGCAGGAUCAACAACCUCUGCAUCAAGACAGUUUCUUUGUGAGGUGUUCACAGUUAGCCAUUGUUAUGUGUGCUGAACAAAAAUCUAAACUCAACAUUUUCAACAAUUUUACUGAGUUACAGUUCAUAUAAGGAAAUGGGUCAAUUGACGUAACAGACCGAAAUACUCCUCAGCACCCCCUCAGAUGAUCCCACAGGUGAAGAAGCCGGAUGUGGAGGUCCUGGUUACACGUGGUUGUGAAUCCGGUUGGGCAUACUGCCAAAUUUUCAAAAAUUGUUGGUGGCUCAUGGUAGAGAAAUUAACAUUCAAUUAUCUGGUAACAGCGCUGGUGGACAUUCCUGCAGUCAGCAUGCCAAUUGCACGCUCCCCAAAAACUUGAUACAUCUGUGGCAUUGUGUUGUGUGACACAACCGCACAUUUUAGAGUGACCUUUUAUUUUCCCCAGCACAAGGUGCACCUUUGUAAAGAUCAUGCUGUUUAAUCAGCUUCUUGAUAUGCCACACCUGUCAGGUGGAUGGAUUAUCUUGGCAAAUGAUAAAUGCUCACUAACAGGAAUAUAAACAAAUUUGUGCUCAAAAUAUGAGAGAAAUAUGCUUUUUGUGUGUAUGGAACAUUUCUGGGAUCUUUUAUUUCAGCUCAUGAAACUAACACUAGAUGUUGUGUUUAUAUUUUUGUUCGGUAUAAAUGCCAGCUUCCUGUGGCCUGGUAUUAGGCCCAAGUCAGAGCAGGUCCGCUGGAGCCAUGGCCCACAAUUCUGAGCCUUUUGGGUAAAACACCUCAGAUGGAAACUUGACAGUGCUUUGUUUGCUAUGUAGCAGGUGUUUUCCUGGAGCUAGAGGAGUGUUUUACGUUUGUUGUGCUGUAGUAAAUGUUGUAUUUCUUUUAUCAAUGGGUGGCCACAUUCCUGCCCCAUGGGCUGGAAGGAAAACUGCUAUUGAGGGUCUGUGAUUGGGGCCCCUUUCCCAACAGGCCUGUUGUACCAGGUGCUUGAUUGGCCCAGUCCAGCCAUACAACCAGGAAGCCACUGCUGACAAAUGUUUAUAUAGAAGAUUUUAAAGAUGAAUAUAUUAAAGAAAUGAGUACACUAUGCCUGUGUUUUAGUAUUUUGACUUGCUGGUGGUAUUAAAAUGCUUAUAUGGAAUGGGGUGUUCAUCUGGGGAAAGUGAUGUAGUUAAGUCUGUUAUGGGACAUGCUGGUCUCUACUUGAGUAAUGCUCAGCAGCCAGAACCCAGUAAAAUCUGCAGUAGCAACAACCAUGAUGUCACAAUGAUCUGGGUUGUUAGAAAGGUCCCCUAUAAAUUAAUGGUUGUGCUGUGCAUUGUUCCUCAUUCGUCAGGAGCCUAGGCCUGGGCAGGCAAUAAGGACCUGGUUCCAGGACCCAUAACCCCACACAAGACCUAGUCGGCACCUUUGAAGACAAAACAGAGAAUGGAGCCAGGGUGUGGAUGUUUAGAUAUGUUAGGAAACAUGGUUUGAGUUUUGUCUCAACCUGAUUCAAACAGACCCUCGUCUGUUUAUUAUGGUUGGCCACAGGAUAUAAAAAUGGGAUGAGAGUUGUCUCCCAAAAGGCUGCAGGUUUCCCAUUGUGUGGGAGAGUUUGAGUACCUGCUCUUUGAACUGUGUAUAACACAUGAGGGAAUUAAAUGAACAUUCGAUUAGAGUCUGAAUAUUUUCGUGACCACAUAGCUAUCAACUCUGCAUUCAGAGCAUGAGAAUCCACCCACUGAAGCUUGGACAGCAGAGUCCGUUUCCAUCUUCCGAAAACAACUUAAACCGUACCUCGUCAAAGAGCAUCUUAAAGAAAUCUCAGUUUUAUCCACCUAAAUGCGGAAGACACAUUUCAAUUAAAUAGAUUUAGUUGGACAUCUGACUAGGUAUCCCCCCUUUCCCUUUAAAAGGCGUACACUUGUCUUUUCCUAUUAGCACUGAAUCUGCUCUAUAACUUCUGUAUUGAGGAACAAUGUACUGUGACUGUGAUGUGGUUGUCUCACCUAGCUAUCUUCAGUUUAAUGCACUUACUGUAAAUCGCUUUUGAUAAAGGUGUCUACUAAAUUACUAAAAUGUCAAUGUAAAAUGCCAUUCUUAUGAAGGCCUGUGGACCUCUUUCUUCUGACCAUACACUUCAAGAUGAAGUGGUGGUUAGAAAAUGAAAGGAAAAGGUCUAAUUAAAGAUCAUUUCUUCUUCUCUUGGUUUUGUUUGUUGUUUUAACAGUAUAUUUUUUUUAGACCAAAAGACAAAAAAGACCAGAUGCUGAAAGUGUAACAGGAGACCUGCAGCUUGAGGACGUUCUCUCAGAACUCUCAUCCAGCUGCUCUUCCUCCCCCUCAACUCUUUUUAUGUUUGGUUUAUUAGAUAUUUCAAUCAGCUUCUCAUAGAUGGGGAUUUAGAACUAGGAAGUCCUCUCUGUGACGUGAAUGGAAGACCUUGGCUUCAACAGUAAUUAGCUCCUUGAAACACAAAAGUAGGAUAGUCCAGGCUCUUUGUUAUGAGUCUGGUUGGCAGUAUACUGGGCACUCCUUAUGCCAGUAUGUUUUGUUCAUUAGAUAUUCACACAUUGUUUUGAACUGAAGAAAAUAACUUGUUUGUUCAUUGUUUUCAGUCGAUCUGAAAGUGAAAUGGCAUUAACGUAAUUUCGCUCAAUACGGAACUGGUCAGAUGACGCGGAUGCUACACUACAGGACUGUUUUGCUAGCACAGACUGGAAUAUGUUCCGGGAUUCAUCCAGUGGCAUUGAGGAAAACACCACCUCAGUCACUGGCUUCAUAAAUAAAUGCAUAGAUGACUUCGUCCCCACAGUGACUGUACGUACACAUCUCAACCAGAAGCCAUGGAUUACAGGCAACAUCCACAUCGAGCUAAAGGCUAGAGCUGCCGAUUUUCAAGGAGCGGGAGACUAAUCCGGACGCUUAUAAGAAAUCCCACUAUGCCCUCAGACGCACCAUCAAACAAGAAAAGUGUCAAUACAGGAUGAAGAUUGAAUCCUACUACACCGGCUCUGAUGCUCGUCGGAUGUGGCAGGGCUUGAAAACUAUUACGGACUACAAAGGGAAACCCAGACGAGAGCUGCCCAGUGACGCGAUCCUACCAGACAAGCUAAAUGCCUUAUAUGCUCGCCUCGAGGCAAGCAACACUGAAGCAUGCACACAAGCACCAGCUGUUCUGGAUGACUGUGUGAUAACGCUCUCGGUAGUCGAUGUGAGCAAGACCUUUAAACAGGUCAACAUUCACAAAACCGCUGGGCCAGACGGAUUAGCAGGACGUGUACUCAAAGCAUGCGCGGACCAACUGUCAAGUGUCUUCACUGACAUUCUGAACCUCUCCCGGACGGAGUCUGUAAUACCAACAUGUUUCAAGCAGACCACCAUAGUCCCUGUGCCCAAGGAAGUGAAGGUAACCUGGCUAAAUGAUUACCGCCCUGUAGCACUUGCGUCGGUAGCCAUUGAAGUGCUUUGAAAGGCUGGACAUGGCUCACAUCAACAGCAUCCUCCCGGAUACUAUAGACCCACUCCAAUUUGCGAACCGCCCCAAUUCGCAUACUUAGUCCCCUCCUGUAUUCCCUGUUCACCCACUACUGCGCGGCCAAACACGACUCCAACACCAUCAUUACUUUUGCUGACGACAUAAGUGGUAGGCCCGAUCACCGACAACGAUGAGACGGCCAAUAGGGAUAUCAGAGAACUGGCAGUGUGGUGCCAGGACGACAACCUCUCCCUCAAUGUGAACAAGACAAAGGAGCUGAUCGUGGACUACAGGAAAAGGUGGGCCAAACAGGCCUCCAUUAACAUCGACUGGGCUGUAGUGGAGCAGGUUGAGAAUUUCAAGUUCCUUGGUGUCCACAUCACCAACGAACUAUCAUGGUCCAAACAUACCAAGACAGUCGUGAAGAGGUCACGACAAAACCUUUUCCCCCUCAGGAGACUGAAAAGAUUUGGCAUGGGCCCCCAGAUCCUCAAAGUUCUACAGCUGCACCAUUGAGAGCAUCCUGACCGGUUGCAUCACCGCCUGGAAUGGUAACUGCUCGGCAUGUGACCGUAAGGCGCUAUACAGAGGGUAGUGCGAAUGGCCCUGUACAUCACUGGGGCCAAGCUUCCUGCCAUCCAGGACCUAUAUACUAGGCGGUGUCAGAGGAAUGCCCAUAAAAUUGUUAGACUCCAGUCAGCCAAGUUAUAGACUGUUUUCUCUGCUACUGCACGGUCAAGCAUACCGGAGCACCAAGUCUAGUACCAAAAGGCUCCUUAACAGCUUCUACCCCCAAGCCAUUAGACUGCUGAACAAUUCAUAAAAAUCGCCACUGGACAAUUUACAUUGACCCCCCCCUUGUACACUGCUGCUACUCGCUGUUUGUUCGUUACCUUUGCAUAGUCACUUCACCCCCACCUACAUGUACAGAUUACCUCAGCUAGCCUGUACCCCUUCACACUGACUCGGUACCGGUGCCCCCUGUAUAUAGCUUCGUUAUUGUUAUUCUUAUUGUGUUACUUUUUAUUAUUUCUUUUUAUUUUAGCCUACUUGGUAUAUAUUUUCUUCUUCUUGAACUGCACUGUUGGUUAAGGGCUUGUAAGUAAGCAUUUCACGGUAAAAUCUACACUUGCUGUAUUUGGCGCAUGUGACAAAUUAAGUUUGAUUUGAUUGGAUUAUUGAUUUAUCAGUCAAAUUCACAUUAGACACAGAGACAUUAAGAAUGGGGACUGUCGUUCUCUUGAUUUUUCAAUAUACUUGCUGAAAUGUUCAAGUACUGCGUGCAGUGAAUGUUAGGCUACUUCCAGGUAACUUUGCCUUCAUCUCAGAUAAUGUGAGCUUCCAACACAGUAGAGCUUGUAUAACAUUCAUUCAGUUGUGUAAUUGUUUUCACUUAUCCUCACUGCUUUGAGGAUUACUGUUUAUGGGACUCCUUAUCCUAAUAACCACACAAUAACCACACAAUAACCACACACAAAAGUGUUCCGUGCCUCAGAUCCUCUCUGUGCCCCUGCUGACAGGCCUACUAUGGGCUCCAUUCAGAGGACGGAAUGAUGAUUUUUCUCUUCCUGAUGUUGACCAGCCCUGAAAUUGAGGUCAGUCCCACCCUUAGAUCACCUGCCAGGAGAAAAAGCAGAACCUCCACACCUGGAGGCAGCAGCACCUUCAUCAAAGAAUCCUGACGUGAUGCUGUCGUUCUCCGCAAACAUCAAAAUAGUGACUCGUUCAUGCAGGAAGGUUUUUAAAAAAUCAAUAAUGACUAAUUAUGUAUACAUUUCAAUCAGGACUGACUAAUCAGAAUACUAUUAUGUUACUGUAUAAGUAUUAAUUUUCUUUUUAUCCUAGUACUGAAUAUAAUGUGUGUAAUUAUAAUCAAGAACUAGAACAAUGACUGUCUACUCCUUGGUAGGUAGAAAUGAAUGAAUUUAUCAUCAGACUGGCUAGAAUGCUUAUCUACACAGGCAGACCUUGGCUCGGGUCAUAAAUUAUCUAAGUUUGGGAGAGACGAUGUGGGAAGUCUUGAACUAUACAGCCAUUGUACUGGGGCGGAGAUGAGACGGGAUAGUACGAAAACUAAUGACGUCAUUUUCAGUUUGUAACCUGUGGUAAACUGUAUCAUGUUCAGCACUCUCGAGAAUAAACGCUGCUGGUUGAUUUUCA